CUAUAAUCACUCCAAUAUAAGAGUCAAAUUAGAAUAGUUUGUGUCCCACAGGAUCGAUACUGGUUUUGUUGCUAUGGUAACCUUGUAACCUUAUCGUCUGGCAUUAACAUGUGAUUAGGGUUAUUCCAAAUUCCCUUAUUUAAUAGACAAUCAUUCAUUACAUGGAACACAAGUUAUUGACUCUCUGUAUUCUCCAGUCCCUACAGGUUCAGUUGUCCUACAGUCAGUGCUCUGAGGCUCCAAUGAAGAUGAAUGUUGGGCGAGCGGUAACCAUCAAUGGCAAGGUCUACUAUGGUGGAGGAAUCUGUGAUUACGAUGAUGACGAGUGCUGUGUCCGCUGUUACGAUCCGCCACAAGACGUCUGGUCAACUCUGCCCAGACUUCCUGUAUACUAUUUUGGUCUAGGGCAGGUCAAAGGUGAACUGGUAGCAGUUGGCGGUAUGGAUUCAUCUCGCUCUAGAUCCAACGUGGUACAUGUGUUUAACAAAGGAAGGAACUGGAAACUGACGAUCCCACCCAUGCCCACAGCGAGGGAUUCACCAGCAGUCGUUAGUCUCCCAACACAUCUGGUCGUAGCAGGAGGUGUGUUGGACGAUGGCGACUUCACUGAUAACGUUGAGAUCUACAACAUCAGCACCUCCCAGUGGAGCGAGACAGACAGACUACCGUAUGCUUGUUAUGACCAAAGAGGAAUUGUCUACAACAACACAGUGUACCUAAUGGGGGGAAGUGACGGCAAUUUUCUAAACAAGGUGUGUGGUGCUCAAGUCGACAAGCUCAUCUCAGCAGACCGACAGGAUGAUGGGAGUGCCAACAAAGCCGACUCUGUCUGGAAUACAAUAUCCAACACACCGUCUUACUGUUCCUCCCCUGUAACGAUAUUCGACACCCUCUUUGCUGUUGGUGGAGAGGAUAGUGAAGGUGAAGUCACUCAAAGGAUCUACUCCUACUCGUCCUCGAUGGACUCCUGGCUCUACGUUGGUGAUCUACCAUCUCCUAUAGCAGACGCUGCCUCUGUGUCACUGUCUCCAACAGAGUGCCUUAUGAUUGGGGGAUGGAACAAAGAAAGAGAAACACAAUCUACCGUGCAUAAAAUUAGUAUCAAAAUUAAAAGUGCAACAACUAUUUCUUGAUUAUUGUUGUGGAUAAUAAUAUUUUGUAUGGCUAAAAGUUAAUGUUGAUUUUUGAGUGAAAA